CCCAGGCAACCUCAACGUGUUUUUGAAACUCUGUUCUUCAAUCCUGUUUUGUCAAAAACAUCUUGUGCAAAACUGUUCUCUGAGGUCUGUCUUCACCCGAUUCCCGUGUGGAAACGACUUUUCCGGCAGAAGAUGCAUCCGCCGAGAGCGACGGGCUUCGGGAUGCGACUCCUGGCGACGGUCUUCUUUCCUCUUCGCGCUUCCGCCUUUCUCGAUUGGCUGUGGACCCCCGAGGAGCAGCCUCGUGCAGCAAUGCGGUUUGCAAUAGCUCCUCACAGGCCCUCUCUUGGCCGACAUCACUUGUGGUGAGCGCUGUGCGCCUGUGCGCAGCUGGUGAACCGAAAAGAUUUAGCCUUGGCAGUUGGAACGCUGGUGUUGUCCUUUGCCAGUGGGAGUGCUGCUGUUGUGUUUUGGCAGCGCCGCCACACUUCUCCCAAAAUUGUUUUCAGAAAGCGUGUGGCUCAGAACUUCCCUUAGCCUAAGCCUGUUUGAGGUUCCGUCUAAGGUCGGCUCCUGUCAUGGCUUUGAACCAGGGACAGAACAGCUUGCUGUUUCCGCCUCACCUUUUGCCUGCCGGCUUGAAAGAAGUGCCAAAGAUUUGCCUGACCAUCGGCAAAUUUCUCAAGGUUGCUCCUGAUGCUCCUGCGCCUGAUGGUCAAGCAGCCGACCAAGUUCCGAAGCGAUGUGGACGCCCCAGGAAAGGCCAAGAGCUCAAAGUCACGAAGCAGACUGGCUCCUUUGGUGGCCAGCAAUGCCGACGUGUGGAGGAGCAGAUCCGCAUUCUUCAGCAUGACAGCGAUGUGGAUUGCAUUCCCACCGCGCCCUUCCUUCGCCUCGUCAAAGAAUCCUUGAGCAACUUGUCCAAGGAACCAGUGGACUAUUUGGGGCCGGUCGAUGAGAUCGAACCCCCACAGCUCCGGAUUUCUUCCGCAGCUCUCAAGGUCCUGAAGGAGGCGGUGGAGGCCAAGGGACUGCAGUUCUUGGUGAGGUGCAGCAUGCUGGCAGCGCACGCCAACCGGGUGACUAUCUUGGACCGCGACGCAAAGGCUCUGAAGAAGUUGGAAGGCAUGAGUGCUUCGUCCGUUUGUGCUUCCAGCCGUUCUAACCCGGCUUCGCGAAAGCGCAAGGCAGAACCUUUAGACGAGAACUCAGCGGGUUCUGAGUGAGUGAAGAGCACUCUUCUCGCCGCUGAAGUUGUUCGGAGUGUGCGAAAGUCCGCC